CUUUGAUUCACAGUAAAUUUACAAAAGAUAAACAUAAACCUUCUAUGAACUAAUAUUUCACCAAUAACUACCUAUUAUAAAGUCAAAAAGCUCCGAAUUCCUGAACUAUUUCUUGAUUUGUCAACUUCCGGUUUAAAUCUGACCUAGGCUGAGACAGACAAACAAGCACUUGCUGUUCUGAUGACCCCUAAAGUUUACGACAUUCCUCAACACAGCUGCUGCAACACUGUCACGUUAUUUGAAUGUGUCCACGCUUGGCUGAAAGAAAGCCUACCUUUGGUUAAUGGCUUAUCACGGCCCCACUGCGAUCGAUCAUCCAUCUAGUACAAGAAACAUGGCGUCUGGUUUCCAAGGUCAGGGCCAGGGGCAAAAACCACUGUCUAGACUGCAGCAGCUUCAGAUUGAUUACCAAGCAAAAUUGAUGAGAGAGAAGGAACAGAAGCUUGCAAAAAUGUAUGAGGAAAAUCAAAAACGUGCAAUGGAGCGUGUUGCUCAGAACAGUGGAAGAGGGAUGGUCAGAGACUUCUUCAAUGAAAGAAGAAACAUUGCCAGUCAACAGUCAGUUGUACCAAACAUUCAUCAACAUUAUAAAGCAAAAAAGAAAUAUGAAUAUGGUGGUCCAUCAGGCUUCCAGCCGUCAAAACCCCCUGUACCCCCUGGACAUCAACCCCAACAAAAAAACAGUGCAGGGAGGGAUAGAGCACACCCCCUUGCUCCAAUUGAGCGGACAAAAACUUAUGAAAGUGGCAGCCUCAGUGAUGGUGCAGUAAUCAACUCACCCAAACCCCCAAAGAAGCAAAGUGCUCGGCAAUCUAGUAACCUAAAAAAUAAAGAAAAUUCUGGAAAUAAUUUACAUUAUGGUAGUGAAGGCAAUAUUAACUCUCCAGAAAGCAAUGCUGAAAAACAGAAUAUACUGUCUGGUAGUUCAAAGGCUAGGGUUGCUAAAUAUAAGCAACGAAAAGCACAGGUUUUUAAACAUGACAUUGAGUCGAGUGAUGAAGAACCUGUGAGAAAUCAGUCAAAGCCAAAAGCAAAACCAAAAAUAACAGACUUUCAAAAGUGGCAGAUGGAACAAGAUGCAGCUAGGGAGAGAAGGCUGGCAGCUCACCAACAACAACAACAUGCUCAGAAUGAUGUAUAUGAUGGUACUUUUGACAGAGAUGAUGGUGAGGAGGGUGGUGAUAGCAAUGAUGAGGACAGGGAAGAAGCUGCCAGAGAAGAAGAAGAGCAGGAAGAAAGACGCCAGGAACAAUUAAAGAAACAACAAGAAGAAAAAGAGCUUUUGAGACUUUUAGCAAAACGGCAAGAGGAGUUGAAGCAAUUACAGCAGGAGAGGCUAAGAGCAGAAGAAGAGGAGAAGAAACAGGCUAAAAAGGAAGCGGCAGAAAAGGAGCGUAAAAGACGUCUUCAACAAGCAGCCGAUGAGCAGAGGAAAAGAGAAGAGGAGCAGAGAGCAUUGAAAGAAGAACAAAGAGGCAGAGAAGAAGGAGAAGAAGAAGGAGAAAGUUAUGGUGCUUCUACUAGUAAUGUUUCUCAUUUUAAUGGUCAUUCGGGUCCAGUCCAUGAAAAACCCAUCACACCAAAAGAUGUCUUCCCAAAGAAGCCAAGCAGAGUCAAGCCUCAUCCACCAAGCCGGCCCCCAGCUCAGCGAACUAGACACCAGCCUACACCAGACCCUGAACCCGAGACUGAGAUGGAUCGCCAGAGGUCGCCACCAGCUGCUUUUUAUGAAGAAGCUGCAGCCAGUGCUGUUACAGCUGAUGAUGUUGAUAUAGAAUUUGCAGAAUGCUCAAUAUGUGGCAGAAAAUUUGCCUCUGAUCGUCUUGACAAACACAUGAAAGUUUGUGCUAAAAAUGCAAGUAAAAAACGCAAAGUAUUUGAUCCAACUACAAUGCGAACUAAGGGAACAGAACAAGAAAAAUAUGUCAAAGCCAUUGCAAAAAAACCUGAACCGGCAAAGAAAGCAAGCAACUGGCGUGCACAACAUGAGGAGUUCAUCAGGAAUUUGCAAUAUGCUAAGAAGAUGAAAGCUGUUGAAGAUGCAGGUGGAAAUUUAGCAGAUCUUCCCCCUCCCCCACCUACAGAAAACCCUGAUUAUGUCCAGUGCCCACACUGCCAGAGAAAAUUUAACGCAACGGCUGCAGAGAGACACAUCCCCAGGUGCAAAGAACUUAAAACAAAACCAGCCAAGAAAAGGCGAUAAACAAGUGUUACCUAGGUGACAUCCUUUUAAUGAUGGGAGGUCAUUCUCAUAGGCACAAACAGCAAGCUGAGAGAUUAUGCAUCCAGGCUUAUCGCAUAUAUAUGUAUGUUUUUUUUUUCAUCAGUUAUGGAUCGUGACCAUUUGCAUGUUACAUUGGUAACUACAACAUAAUCAGUUUGGUUUCCCGGAAAAUGAUAGAUUUUUUAUUCAAGGGGAUCUACACUGCUUACAGCAUGAUUUUUUUAUCCUUCAGAAAUUUGAUUGUGCUCAUGAGUCCUGCCUAUUACAAUAGUUAUGUCUUUGAUGUAACCAUACCUGAUUUCUCACUAUGAAUUAUUAAUGAAUUACACAAUAUUUAUUUCCAUUAAUGAUGAAAGCUGUUAUUUCAUUGCUGCAGUAAACUGUCUAUCUACACAGAAUACAUGCAUUUGAUUGAUUAUAGUUAGAGUGGAGUUAGAAACUAUUUCGUGGUGCUUUUUUUUCACAGGCAUUUUUAUUGUUCAAUAUCCUCAAUGCAUAAUAAAAAGAAAAAAAUAAGCAUAUUAAAAAAAAGAAGAAUGAAAGUUAAGCAGAUUUUAGAUUUUUAAAAUUUUGUUGUUUUGUGACAUUAAACUUAAAGAUUCUCACUACAGUUUUCAGGACCAACUUGGGACCAUUGUUGUUAAUGUUUUAAUGGAAAAGUUAAGUUUACUUUUAAUUUCACUAAAGCACUUUGCCAGUGGUAUAUUUUUGACCAUAUCCAAGUUAUGUCUGGACUAGCAUUACAAAGUAAAUUGUUCUUCAAUUUGAUGGUAUUACAUAUUUUAAAUAUUGUUGUUUCCUGCAACUUUUGCAUUUCAGAUAAAUUAAGAUUUAUCCUUUAUCUUACAUUUAAACAUAUAUUCAUUUUUUUAAUGAUCAACUAUGGAUGGGGUACUUGUUAUAAGUUAUUUCUUAGUGAUAAUAUUAGUAGAUAUAAAGUCAAAGUUUGGGUAAUAACAGAAUAAGCCUUGAACUUGCUUGGUUAUCAUAUUUGUCACUCAGUUGUAGAAAAUACGCAAGGUACAUGUACUUCUCAUUGAGUACUGUAUUAGUAAACACCUCAUAUUUGAAUUUCUUUAUGACUGUUGAUAGUAAAAAAAGUUUUCAGUUGUUGGUAUAUUUUAAUUGUUUGCUCAUAGAACUAUAUAUAUUUGUAGAUUUUGAAAUAAAAAAGUUAUUUUGAUCAUUUGAAAUUUCUAAUUGAUACCUUUCCAUUUAACAGUUUUAAAGAGAUUUUUGCAACUGAUUCAGAACCAAUUUCUGAUACUAAAGACAUAUUUGAUAUCGAACACAAUUGCAUUCUUCAGGGGAAAAAAGGUCUAAAUGCCACCCACAAUGACUUUUAAUUCAAAAUGUAAGACAAAAAUAUGAUUUACAACCCUGUUCAAAAAGAUGUCUGUGAAUGUCAUUUUAAGGGUCCUUGGAACAGCAGGAAUGCCCCUCCUUCAUCCCAUUAAAGAUGCUGUUUUGCAGUGUUUUUACAUGAGUCUCCUCGGUCUUCUAAAUUUAUUUAAUCUGUGAAUGUUGAAAAAAAGGAGGUGAAUUUAUCUAUAUUUGGCCGUGGCUCUUUUGGAGAUGGCAGCGUACUCUGAUGCACUUUUAACUCUGUUCUCUUUACCCGUACUGUCUAUAUAUGUUAAGUAACCAAAACUUAUAGUAGAAAACGAUGAAAGAAGGGUUAGUUCACUUAUUGACAGUUAAAAUGUGUCAUUUUUGUAAGGAAGAAAUGA